AUGGGAAAUACUCUCGCUGCUGCACGCGCUGAAGUGGAACAGGCUGAAGAAAAAGAAAAGCAGAAGAGUCUCCAGGCGCUGGAUUUUAUGGAGAAAAUGCUCAAAGCAAAGAUGGAUAGCUUUUCUGACACUCUCAAGCAUCCGCCCGAUGAUUCCCAUCUAGUGAAUCUAGGGACCAUUGUCGACCAGGUUGUUGACUAUACUAUCAACAUCCAAAAGGACAAAGGCAAGGCUGUUGAGGCUGUUGGUUUGGCGGUCGAUAAAUUCUUCGAUGUAGAUGUUCUUGGCGGUUUCAAAGCUAUAAUCCAGGGAUCGGUAGAUGCUUUUAUUAGCGAUACAACUGUCGGGGAGAAGUAUCAUCAAGAAUACCACUUAGUAAUCGAUAAUAAUGCACUUGUCAGGGUAGACAGCAUGCUCUAUAAGUACAACUUCGAAACAAACGGUAUCGUUCAUAUGGUUGACAACGCAUUUUGUUACAUGUUCUACAAGAGUGUAAUCCCGCUGAAGGAAGUGAAGCAAGAUGUAGUAAUUUAUUCGGUCACGAACUAUGUUAAACGUGGCCUCAAAGAAGCCAAGAUUGACGCGGCCGAUCGUAACAAAUAUGUUCUUGAAUACAUACAAUCAUUGAAGUCACUUUACAAGGCAUUAGAAUAG